UGAUGUACAUCUAUAGUACACAGUUAUCCUUCCUAAAAAUGGGCAUAUACAUAUGCGCGGAUGUAAAAACAUACAAGUGUUUAAUCUGAAACUGGUGUCUGACAAAAAUGUUACUACAACAAACAUAAAACAAAUUCGAAUUCGCAAAGAUUUUAAUUUGGAAAUAAUGGAACCGAAAAGAUGGCACUUGCAGUUGUCAUGUUUUUUCCUGCUGCUUAGCUCAACAUUUUCAGAUGUUGGAAAAAUUACGUCUUCUCAGAAUCACUUUGGAAAUACAAUACAGAGUCAGUUUACCACCAAAAACAACACCAGGGUAAUCGCCCAGAAAGGAGGGCUGGCUAUCUUACCCUGUGUCGUAAAAAUCAACUCCCCAGCAACGGUUUCUUGGAUACGCAGGAAAGACUUCCAGCUACUAACGGUUGGAUUGUCAACACAUAGUAGUGAUAAACGGUUUUUGGUUGAGCAUACGCGGCAUAUGGGCCACUGGUCUCUGAGAAUCAAAGCCGUCAAAGAAGAGGAUCGUGGAUUUUAUGAAUGUCAAUUGUCAAUUUACCCAACUCAGUCAAUUUUUAUAGAACUUAAAAUAGUCGAAGCGGUAGCAGAAAUAUCAAGCGCACCCGAGCUUCACAUUGACGAAACGUCUACUUUACGACUUGAGUGUAAACUUAAGCGGGCAACGGAAAAUCCAUCAUUUGUAUUUUGGUAUCAUGACAACAAAAUGAUCAACUAUGAUGUACAGGGCGGUUUUGUUGUAACGUCGAUGGAAGCAAAUGGAAAAAGUAGCGUGCAAAACGGGCACAUUUUUAGAGUUUUACCCGGGGUUGCCGGUAACAAAUCACGUAUUAUCCCCAUUCCGGAUCCAAUGGAGUCAAUGAAUGGCGUCAUGAAUAGCAAAAACGCAGUGUCUUCAGCUAACUUCAUUUCGCCGAAUCCACCAUAUUUACAAACUCACCAGUCGUCAUAUCUUCUUACUCCUUCCAUGAGUGUUCUAAGUAUUAAACAGGUUAAUUUUCGGCAUGCUGGUAACUACACAUGUGCUCCAUCAAAUGCCCGUCCUGCUAGCAUUUCGGUGCAUGUUUUAAGAGGAGAGAAAACUGCUGCCAUGCAACACGCCAAUCGAAGUUCUUUGGAUAGUGAGAAUAUAAGCAACAGCACUUUUGGAUUAACUAGUAUAGGCGGUAUCAAUGGCACAGUUAACCCAAUAUUAGCCAAAAGUCUAUUAUAUAUCUCAAGCAUAUUCGUUUUAGUAAGCGUACUCUCAAAUUUUCGCUUACUAAAAGCUGUGAAAUCACUAACAUUUCUAGCAUUUAUAAUAUUAAUUAUGGAAAGCUGAAACUUGUAAUGUUAUUGUCAUGUUAUUAGAACUUAGAGCAUAUUCAAUCAAGCGAAAAUAAAAAGAAUUCUCUAAGUUAUGAUUAUCAUACAUAUACCGGUAUAUGUAUGUAUAAUAUCAAAAUAUAAAAUACAUUUAUGUAUAAGUCCUUUACCUUGACCUUUACUAUCAUACAAGCUUUAUAUGCAUUUUUAGAAAACAAUUUGAUGUACACUAAUUUUAAACUGUAAAUAGACUUUCAUAACAUACAAUGUAUUGAAU